AAGUUAUAACCUUGGUAAGACUGUAAGAUAUAAUAUCAAAAUACUGAGUGAAGUAUAGAAAUUAGACUCAACUUAGCUUGCGAUUUUUCUUCAAUAUGGCAUGCUCAUCAUCUGAUGAAGACUAUGGUACUUGUGCUGAUAGCAAGCACACAAAAUUUACCUACUUUGGACCUCGUCUUGUUCCUUUUUUAAAGACAGCUUGCGUAUAUAUGGUUCUUGUACCUGAAAUUAAUCCACCCAACAUCGUUGUUGCUAUAUUGAAAUGCUUGCCAAUGCUUAGCUUAUAUUUUGUACUUUGGUUUGAUGGUUUUGGUUUUACUUCCCGUCAUCAAUAUUCAAGAAGAAUUCUUGCCGGUUUAUUACUUUCAACGCUUGGAGACUUCUGUCUUGUUUAUACUGAUGAAGGAUAUUUUAUACAUGGUGUUGCUUGUUUUGGCAUUGCUCAUCUUAUGUACAUUUUUGCGUUUGGAUUUCGACCACUUCGUCCUCAAAUAUAUCUCUUGUUGUCUUGUGUUGGAUUUGCCAUCUACUGGUAUAUUUAUGCUGGCUUGACAGACACUGUGCUUAAAUUCUCGGUUUUAGGAUACAUUUUGGUUAUUGUUGGAAUGAAUUGGAGAGCAGUAGCAAAAAUAAGAAAUCUCAGUGAUCUCAAAGCUGGUGUUACAAGCAGCAGUCACAAGAAAUGGACUCAUCUUGUUGCAUGUAUUGGUUCUGUAUUAUUUCUGAUAUCUGAUUGCUGUCUUGCCAUUAAUCGUUUCCAUUCACCUGUGACACACCAGCGAUGGAUUGUCAUGACAACCUACUACCUGGCGCAAUUGGCUAUCGCUUUGAGUGUUGUGAAGAAUCGAAAUGUUGAUUUGAUCCGUCGUCGUAAGUUGUCAAAGAAAAAGGGUGACCUCAAACCUGAACAUCUUGAAAACCACACUGAUAAUCAAUCUACUGUGAAUUGUGAUACCUCUGACAAUGUCGUCGCAUGCCAUGUUAAAUCUGAGUAACGUGCUUUACUCUUGUAAAAAAACUUUAUGUGCAAACAUAUAUAUUUGCUGUUUAACUUUUUCAUUCAUAAUUUCUUUAUUUUCGUAAAUGUUCAUCAUAAUAAUAUUUAUUCUGAAUGUUUCAUCUGAAGUUUAAUUUGUCGGUUAGCUAUAUUUUUUUUCUGGAUUGCUGUACUUAAAUCGUAAUAUUUUUACGAAAAAUCCCAAUUUUUUUUUUAAAAAAUUAUCACUUGAUUAAUUUCUGUGGAGUAAUUGAAUUUAGCCACUAAAGGAAUUUCAAAUUAGGCUGAAAAAAAAACUUAUUAACAUUAUGAUAUUUCAUUGAAGAUUCUGGUUUCUUCAUUCACUGUCACACAAUAUAUCAUUCUAAAAAUUAACAAUCCUCUUUUUUCAAAAUAUAGUCUUUUCACAACACAAAAAUCAUAAAAAGUAACAAAAAUUGAAUUUGAAUGAUACAUGCCCCUCAGAUAAUUUUCAUCAUAUUUGUAUUCUAUUACUUAUUACCCCUUUUGCUUUGAGUGUGUUACAAAUGACUAAAUAAGGUAUUUUUGACUGGUUUUUUGAAAAGUUUGUUCCUUUGUUUUCCUGAAGUUUAGGUGCUUUGACUCGUAAAUUUAUAUUGCCUGUGUGUCUUUCACAAUUCACUGAUGUAUUAACAAUAAAAUAUUAAUGGAGUAUGUUUGAAUUAGUUAUUGAUAAAAGAUUUUGACCUUUGUUUCAAAUUUUUUAUAAAGUUUAAUUUCGAACUUAUUCGACUUUCAUAUUCAUUACACAAUUCAUAUUGUGUCCCCUUUGUUUGAAUUUGUUUAUCAAUAUUUUUAUUGUUAUGUAUAAAAAAAUGUGUUCCCAUCGAACGGCCAUAUACUAAUUUUCAAGUCAAAUUAUCAUCAGUUCCUUUUCAUCACUGAUAUUUUGAAAUUAUUUCAUUUCAUCUUAUAGUUAUUUAAUGAGUCUGGUCAAGGAUUUUAUUAGUUGGAGCCUGCCCAGUAGUUUUCGUAACUUUCUAAGCCUGUUAUUUGGCUCACAAAUAUCCCAUAAAAGAUUAAAGUCUUUCGUUAUUCAGCUGCAUAUACAUGUAUGUCCAUUUUUAACUGUUAAAGAUAUGUGCCGUUUUCUUACGUUGACUGCCGUAUGCUGUUGUCUUGUCCGAAAAAUAUUAAUACCAAAAUACCGUUUCCAGAAUAUCACACAAUGCUAAAUUACAGAGUAGACAAAUUGCCAAUGAAUGCAAUCAACUUUUAGAACAAUGUAAUUUAUAUAUAUAUAUACAUGUUAAAUGUCACUGUUUUGUUGUAUAUUUUUAGUUGACAUCAUUAUUGCUCUUUCAUUAUUCUUUGCUGUAUUUAUGUAGUAAGUAGAUAGUACUUCUACACCGUCUUGCCAUUUUCAGUGUUGUAAAUAAAGUGCGAAAUAAAAAAUAUAGCUGUGGCAAUGUA